CUCAGUGCACUGAUAUACCUCCAAAUCAGAAUUGGCGCGCUCGGUUUCCUCCCCUCGACGACAACAGCCAAAGAAGGGAUCCUGAACCUCGGGCUCCACGAUCAAAUCCUCCUCUUCCAGUGGGUGCAAGACAAUAUUGCGAGCUUCGGAGGCGAUCCGUCUCAAAUCACACUCAUCGGCCUCUCAGCGGGUGCACACUCAGUAAGACUCGUCGACUUCAAUCGAGAGCACAUGACAACUGACAAUCUAGAUCGCCCAUCAUAUCAUGAACACCAACCUCGACCACACCUACUUCCACCGCGCAGUCAUCGAAUCCGGCGCCGCGACCUCCCGCGCCGUGCACCCUUACAAUGCCGCCCUCCACGAGACCCAGUUCCGCGAAUUCGUGGCCGCGGCCGGAUGCUCUCACCUCUCCUCCGACCACGAGAUCCUAACGUGCCUGCGCGCAGCCCCGUCCGCAGUCAUUACCAACGCCUCAUUCACCGUCUUCGACCGCUAUAACCCAUCAGUCCGGUGGGCCUUCCAACCAGUUAUCGACAACGCCCUCAUCAAGCAGCCGCCCAUCGACGCCUGGCACUCAGGCCACUGGAACCGCGUCCCCAUCCUGACGGGCUUCAACACCAACGAAGGAACCUAUUACGUGCCCACCACGCUAGCCACCUCGGACGAAUUCAUGCAGUUCUUCCGCACGCUCCUACCCGCCUACACCGACCAGGAUAUCCGCACAAUCGACGAGCUCUACCCGGAUCCUGCAGUGCACGAGUCCUCCCCGUACCUCGAGACGCGCAACAUCAGCGUGGGGCCACAGUAUAAGCGCGUCGAGGCUGCGUACGGCCAUUAUGCCUAUGCGUGUCCGGUGCGCCAGACUGCGCGGUUCGCGUCGGCCGGGCAGCAGGAGCCGGUGUUUUUGUAUCGGUGGGCUCUGAAUAAGACGGUACAGGGUGGAGCCAAUCACGGGGACCAGAUGGCGUACGAGACAUUCAAUCCGGAGGUCAGGGCGAUUUCGAAGGCGCAGGCGGAAGUGGCGGGCACGUUUCAUGCAUAUAUCACUUCGUUCAUCGUGAGGGGGGAUCCGAACGCUGUGAAGGGAAGGUUCGCCCAUAGGCCGCGGUGGGAGCCAUAUGAUGGGUCGCAAGCGAGUGGAAGAAGGAUCAUGGUGCUUGGAGAGGGGAAUAAUGAGCGGGCUGGUGGCCGAAGUGUGGGGACCACGGCUCAGAUGGUGGAUGACGAGUGGAGUAGGAGGGAAUGUGAGUUUUGGUGGACGAAGAGCGGUGUCUCGGACUAAAGGGUGUGGCAGAGUAUAUAGUGCUGAGUGAAAAGCAGUCCAUUGUACAGUAGCUGGCGAUGCAA